AGUGAAUAUGUGGUCGCUGGAUGGUUGUAGCGACUUUAUUGGAUCGGCUGGCAGCUUCGACGGAAUGUCGUCUGAGGCCUGUGUACGUCUUUUCUUUGUGAUUUUAAUCCCGAUCAGUAGAUUGUUGUUGAAUCCAGUUAAUUUGGGUACAAGGGAUCGCAAACUUAUGAGCAAGGCCGUAUCUGAUGGUGAGGGAAGGCUUGGAGAAGGUGACGCCAUGAUUCAAGUCAGAAUGGACGAAAACAGUUACAAACCAGAUGAUUUCGAUAGGAUGUCAGAUGAUCAGAGCAUCUCAGAUUAUCGAAACAAUAGAUAGGUCACAAAUUUCUCCCGCUGCUGA